AUGGCACAGAUGCUCCUGCUGCUCCUGACUGCCUUGGUCCAAGCCCCAACUUCCUCAUCUGUGGCCUUCACAGGUGACAGCUCAGAGGAUCAAGCAUUCCGGGUGUCCAUUGGGGGUGAUUCACCCCUUCGAGGGGUCCUUGGGGGCUCCAUUACCAUUCCCUGCCACAUCUCCUACCUGAGGCCACCUCCCCCUACCCCUCCCCCAGGCCGCAGGGCUGUUCUGGGCUCUCCCAGAGUCAAAUGGACUUUCUUGUCUGGGGGUCGGGAGGCUGAGGUGCUGGUGGCCCGUGGGCUCAAGGUCAAGGUCAGUGAAGGCUACAGGUACCGGGUGGCUCUUCCUGGAUAUCCAGCCUCAACCACUGAUGUCUCACUGGUCCUGAGUGAACUGAGGUCCAAUGACUCUGGCUUGUAUCGAUGUGAAGUCCAGCAUGGGAUCGAUGAUGGCAGUGAUGCUGUUGAAGUCAAGGUUAAAGGGGUCGUCUUUUUGUAUCGAGAGGGCUCUGCCCGAUAUGCUUUUUCAUUCUCCCGGGCACAAGAGGCUUGUGCCCGAAUUGGGGCCCGAAUUGCUAGCCCUGAGCAGCUCUAUGCUGCUUACCUGGGUGGCUAUGAGCAGUGUGAUGCAGGAUGGCUGUCAGACCAGACUGUAAGGUACCCCAUCCAGACUCCUCGAGAGGCCUGUUAUGGGGACAUGGAUGGAUUCCCUGGAGUUCGUAACUAUGGCAUGGUGGAUCCAGAAGACCUCUAUGAUGUUUACUGCUAUGCUGAAGAUCUAAAUGGAGAGCUGUUUCUGGGCUCCACCCCAGAGAAGCUGACCUUGGAAGAGGCACGAGCUUACUGCUGGGAACGAGGAGCAGAGAUUGCCACAACAGGCCAGCUUUAUGCAGCUUGGGAUGAAGGCCUGGACCGGUGUAGCCCUGGGUGGCUGGCAGACGGCAGUGUGCGCUAUCCCAUUGUCACACCCCGACAGCGCUGUGGGGGAGGUCUUCCUGGGGUUAAAACCCUCUUUCUCUUUCCAAACCAGACUGGAUUUCCUAAUGCACAAAGCCGUUUCAAUGUCUACUGCUUCAGAGACCCUGCUCAUUCCUCUAUCUCCCCGAGGAACCCCUACCCAGCCUCAGAUGGGCUGGAGACCAUUGUCACAGUGACAGAGACCCUUCAAGAACUUCAGCUACUUCAGGAGGCCACACAGAGUGAGUCUCGAGGAGCAAUCUACUCUGUCCCCAUUUCAGAGGACAACAGGGGGAUCAGCUCUACCCCAGAAGACCCUGAAGAGGCCCCCAAGAUAUUUUUAGAUGGAGACCAGUCAGUUACCCCGCCCAUGCGGUCUUCUGAGGAGGAGGAGCAGGAGGAAGACGAGAAGGUAAUAGAGGAAGAGGAUGAGGAGGGGCAAGAGGAGGGAGAGAAGGAGGAGGAAGUGGAAGACGAAGCUCCUUCUCAGAUACUAAGUGAGAUCCGGGAAGUAGCCAUAGAGAAUGGCUCUCUCUUCACUGAGCCUCCGCGCGAGGAGAGGCUGUCCGAGGCUCCUCUGGUGGCCCAGGUGUCUGUGCAUCAUGGCUCCAUGCCUCCUCCUGGGCGGCAGCCAGAGGGACCCAAGCAUCCAAGAGUCAGGGGGCAAUUCACUGAGGCCCUACCAACCCUUGGGGCUAUUGCUCACGGGGAGGGUAGCCAAGCAUCCCCGCCGCCCUCUAUGCCUGUCAGUACUGAAGAAGAAGAUGAAGAAGAGGUCGGGGUACCGGAGCUGUCUGGGGGCACUCCUCCCUGGGUCCCCCAUGCAGAAAGUGAUGAAGUGGGGAGCUCUGAAGAGGCACCCGGGCUGUCUCCAGCAACUGGGACACUACCAGGAGUGGAGGGGAAAGAGGGGGCAGGGGACAGGGUAGCCCCCCCUGAAGAGGCUCUGGGAAGGACAGCACCUGUGGAAACCUCCGUCAGGGCCCAGCCAGCGCUACCCACUGAGAGCGCAGGCCUGGGAGCUGCGGGGGCUGCAGCCCCCUCACCAGGUGACUGUGUUCCCAGCCCCUGUCACAAUGGGGGGACAUGCUAUGAAGAGGGUGAUGGUGUCCACUGCCUAUGUCUACCUGGAUAUGGGGGGAAUUUAUGCGAGAUUGGCCUCCGAUCCUGCAGUUCUGGCUGGGAUGCCUUCCAGGGCUCUUGCUACAAGCAUUUUUCAACUCGGAGGAGCUGGGAAGAGGCUGAGACUCAGUGCCGGCUUCACGGGGCCCACCUAGCGAGCAUCAGCACUCCUGAGGAACAGAACUUCAUCAACAAUCGAUACAGAGAAUACCAGUGGAUUGGGCUGAAUGACAGAACCAUUGAGGGAGAUUUCCUGUGGUCAGAUGGAGUUCCUUUGCUUUAUGAGAACUGGAACCCAGGGCAGCCUGACAGCUACUUCCUGUCUGGAGAAAACUGUGUGGUUAUGGUCUGGCAUGACCAGGGACAGUGGAGUGAUGUUCCCUGCAACUACCACCUAUCCUACACUUGCAAGAUGGGUCUGGUGUCUUGUGGACCACCCCCAGAGCUACCCUUGGCCCUGGUCUUUGGCCGACCAAGGUCCCGCUAUGAAGUGGACUCUGUGCUGCGCUAUCACUGCCAGGAAGGGCUGGCCCAGCGUAAUUCUCCCCUGAUCCGGUGCCUUGAGAAUGGCCAGUGGGAGCACCCUCAGAUUUCCUGUGUGCCUAAACGACCCGUGAGUACUUGA